CUCGGGCAACAAAAAUAUACUGUGGUCACUGUACCAGCUGACGAUUACUAACGUUUUAGAGUUAUGCAUCAUCCAUCUCGUGGCGGCGUGAGGGGAGGGACAGAUCAGUUCAGUUGGGAAGACGUCAAGGCUGAUAAAUACAGAGAAAAUUAUCUUGGUCAUUCCGUUAAAGCACCUAUAGGAAGAUGGCAGAAAGGUAAAGAUUUGACUUGGUAUGCUAAGGGUAAAAAAGAUGGCCCUCCUUUGACAAAGGAAGAAGAAUUAGCAUUGAUAAAACAAGCUGAAAAAGAUGCCAUGAUGGCAGCCUUAGGACACAAAGUUGUUAAGAAACAAGCAAGUGGACUCUCAAAACAGGAACUUGCAGAGGUUUGUCAUCGAGGCACAACAGAGAGGGAUGACCGGGAUAUUGAGAGAAAGGAAGGUAUGGGAUAUGGAAGUUCCCGUAUGCAAACUAUGGGUGUGAAUACAACGAAUAUAAAGGAAGCUGAGAAAAGUGGAAGCACGGUGUUCGAACAUGUCAGAAGAGAAGAAAACAAAAGAAAGCACUCCUCAGAUGAUGAAACUCACAGGGAGAAAUCAAAGAAAAAGAAGAAAGACAAAAAGUCAAAAAAGGAAAAGAAGAAGAGGAAAGAAAAGAAGAAGAAAAAGAAAUACGAGUCAAGUUCGUCAGAUACUGAUUCGCCAUCCAGCUCAAGGAGGAGAAGACACAACAGUGAUUCAGAUGACAAUUUUAGAAGAUCGAAACACCAGUCAAAGCAUGCUGCACCAGAAAUGGAAAGACACACUGUAUUGAAACGAACACGACAUGACUCUGAUUCUUCCAAUUCUGGGUCAGAUGCUGUUGACCAUAGUAGUAGGACCAACCACCCCGACAGACAGAGAUAUGCACAGAGGCAGCAUAACACAGACAAAGCAGCAGAGACUAAAAAUAUGAGGGAACGAGAAAGAGAUAGGCGUCAUGAUAGUGAUUCAGAAGAAAGCCUAGAUUUACGGAGACAGGAAAAGCAUAAAUUGCAAAGUAGUAGUAGAGACAGAGGUAGACAUGCGAAUGACAUGCUUGAUAAUGACAGAAGGGACUUUCAAUCCUAUAGAAGAUCUGACUCGCAUAGGCAACAUAGGAGGAGGCGUGACAGUGAUUCAUCUGGCAAUGAAAAACGCUCAAAAUUAUACAAAAAAAAAGGAGUCUCAUAGAAAGAGAACGAGACAUGACUCUUGAUGUGCACAAAUGUUUUUAAUCCAACAAAAUGCAUCAACCACCAUUUGCUGUGAGAUAACUUUGACUUUUGGGAAAUUGGCACGAACCAACACCAUGAUGUUCUGUGACAGUAACCCAUUUGGUUUUUGUCACAAAAGAUUUCAUCAUCUUACAGUUU